CAUGUAGAGCAUUUUGUGUGGGGACACACACAAUCGACUAUAUAAAAACGAUUUCUAAAAAAACGACUUCUAUAAAUUUGACCUAAUUUCGUAGUGUAGACAUACCCUGAGCCACUUGUUUGUCGUAAACUAGGAUUUACUUCCUAUGAGAGGAAUUUAGGUUUUUAAUUAAUCCUUUUUUCUUCAUUUUUAAUUAAAACUAACCUAAGCAAAACAAAAUGUAUCACUUAGGUAAAUAUUUUUAAAAUAAAUAAGUUUAGUGCAUUCAUAUAUUAGAAAUUGGUACAGAAUAUUGAGUGUGUCUGCAUUUUCUAAGCAAACAAUGUUAGUCUUUUAGGUAAUUAGAAAUGCUGAAGAGAAAAAUAAAACCAUGGAGGAAAAUUCAAAGAAUCAAUCCAAUGGCAAAACCGACAGAGUUAUCAAAAGAGCUGCUGCCUGGGAAAUUUCAGAUUCUGACGCAGACAGUGAGGUUGAAUCAUGUCAAACCAGAAAUGUUACCCUGAUGCACCCAGCUGCUGAUACACUGGAUCAUGGCAUCUGUGAUCAUGAUGCACAAGAAGAGCCGAAAAGCUGUGUGUGUCAGUGAGUCUAAAGAGCUAGUUUUGCCAGCCUCUCCUCAGCAAGUAACUACAUCCUCUCCAAGCCCAAAUAAAAGGAGGAGAAGGAGAACUCCAGAGGAAAUAGAGGCAGGUCAGGCAAGAGCAGAACCAAGGAAACUCAAAAGGGAAAUCAAGAAGACAGAAAAAGAGAGGAGAAAAGCAGAGGAGGCACUAGAAAAACAGAGGCGAAGGGAAGCUGCUGAUGCCUUGAAGCUGCUUCUGCCAGACCAGUGUCUGAAGUACAUGACUGUCUGCAUAGACCUAGGUCUACUAGAAGAUCCUGGAUCAGAUGCUUUGAUGGAGGCUUUUGGUUCCUUGGAAUGUAAAUACUACAUUGAGUCUCAGGAAGUUCCCUGCAGCAUAACCUGGAGGAGAAACACUCCUAACAGUUUCUCCAGUACUGUGAUUAUCUGAAUCCAAUUUGUCCUCUCUUCCCUGAGGGGCCUCCUCAUAUGCCUUAUAAAUUUAAACUGGCAACAGCUAUGCUGUGGGAAAGAAGUUUUGAAUUGCAUUAAUUAUUAGUGCUGUCAUUUCCAGUAGCCUUUCUAGGCAGGGCUAUGGGGUCAUCAGCCUCAGAUAUAUAAAUUCUGUGUGACCACUGUUAGUUCAGGGAAUGGAGUUGAGUUUGAUUGUCCUAUAGUUUAUUUCAAAGUGAGUGACUUUCAUGCAACUGGGUGUCAUUGUCCCAAGCACAUACACAUCCAGGAUGGACUAUGAAUCUCUGAAGCAAACAUGAUGGAGGUCAGAGUGAGUCAUUGAUUGUGGAGAGGUUUCAUAUAGAAAAAGAUUUCUAAAACAAAUUCUGUGUUUGCAAAGCAUUCUUGAUGGCUGCUGAGGAUGUGAACUGCAUUGCUGGGGAAGACAGACCGGGCCAGCUGCAGGCUCCCUUGCUGCUGAAUGAAGCCUUUGAGCUCUUUAGAAAAUCCUGUGGCUGUUUCUGAACAUAGGCUGAUGGAAAUCCUAGGGUAUGAAGUUACCUUCUCUCUGAUACCAAAUGCCACCAUAGCAGGAGAUGGGGAACCUUGCCAAUAAGAUGUAAUGAUCAGUACAGUGGCAUUAUUCUCUCCCGUGUCCCAGUGCAAGGAUUUCAGGUUGGUGAGUUGAGGUCAGUCCUGUACUUGGAUGACUGGUUCUCUGAGUAACCCAUUAAAUGUUGUGGGAGAAAAGCUGGCUGGAGCUGUGACCCAGUGAUGCGGUGUGCAAUCCAGAUGUAGUGUGAACCUUUUGCUUGCUUUCCCACCUUGAUCUGGACCUUCCCAUCUGUGAAUAAGUGGCUGUUGUCCCCAAUAAGCUGAAUUAGGUGAUGUUGUAACACAGACUGCAGCACAGCCAAGUCCAGUUUCAACAUCUCUGUCUAG